CAGUCUCAUUCAUACACCAAAAAAGAAAAAUAUGAAGAAUUUCGCGUUACUGUCUUUUCUUUUCAUUCUCCUUGCCUCUGAGGUCCGCGUCUCCAGAGCCGACGCCUCGCCGGACGCCGUCCGCGACAUCGACGGCAAGAAGCUCCGAGCCGGCGUCAACUACUACAUCCUCCCUGUUUUCCGCGGAAGAGGCGGCGGCCUAGCCCUAGGCAACCUCCAAUCGGACAAAUGUCCACUCAACGUCGUUCAAGAACAGUUUGAAUUAAUGAACGGCCUUCCCGCGGCAUUUUUGCCUGUAAACCCUAAAAAAGGCGUCGUUCGAGUUUCGACGGAUUUAAACGUCCAAUUCGAGGCCAGUACGAUCUGCGCCACAUCGACGGUAUGGAAAUUGGACAAAUUCGACGAAUCGACGAAACAGUGGUUCAUCACGAUCGGCGGAGCCAGAGGAAAUCCAGGCGUCAAGACGGUGGACAAUUGGUUCAAAAUUGAGAAACACGGUAACGAUUACAAAUUCAAAUUCUGUCCGACUGUGUGCGAUUUCUGUAAAGUUAUGUGCAGAGAUGUUGGAAUCUUCUUCAAGAAUGGAAAGAGGGCUCUGGCUUUGAGCGAUACGCCAUUCCCUGUCAUGUUCAAGGUAGUUUAAUUGGAAGCUGGAAGAGAUCUCCGGUGUGUAAUAGUCACGAGUUUGUGAAGUAAUUUGUCAUAAGUCAUAACAGAGUUUAUCUAAAUAAAAUAUUUGGUUAUUUACCUUUUGAAGAAUAAUAAUUUCCUUGA